GAGCAGUUCAAGCGCAGCGCCUCCCGGGCGAUGGAGGAGACCGCCGCUCAUCACCAGCGCGCCGGCAGCUACAACGCCUGCAGCAGCAGCAUCAGUCGCAGCCGUAGCGGUAACCUGGACCUGGAGCUGCUCGAGGCCGGUAAGUCGAUGAGUCCACGUUCGAUCCAAUGUUCACGUCGUCCGCCCCUCGGGGGAACGGGGACGUGACCACCGGGAAGAGCGGGGACAGAGAGGAAAUGCGCGCUCUCUCUCUCUCUCUCUCUCUCUCUCUCUGUUUCUCUCUCUUCCGACGAAUGAUACAAUCGUAAGUCAGGACGGUAAACACUCCGCGGCUGUAAAUAAACUCGGAGGGAUCGCUGACCGAAACGCGGAAGCGCAUUGUCGGGGUCCUCCCUCGUCGCGGUCGCGGGAAACCCGGAGGGAUUCCACGAUCGGACGUGCACCUCGGAUUUACGUCGCUUCCCGUGACGGGAUGUAAGUUACGACAUCGGUAGGUCGCGAAACGGAGUUGCGCGGGAUCGAGAGGGGAGAUUAGAAGGGAUGGAUGGGACUCGCGGUCUCUCUUCGCGACGUGUGCUCCCGAAACUCGCGCGUCUGCCUGGCGCGAUUAAUUUUGUGCGUGACAGAUCGUUACUCCGCCGCACGUGUAAGUAAGUUUUAGUACACACGUGUGCGAGAGUGUUGGUUACGUGGUAUACGCCAACGGGAGACUUCGCGACCCUUGAUGUUUGAGUUUUGACGUCAUGCGCGGAGUUAUAUUAAGUCGUCGCUCUCAUUUCGAUUGCUUAUGUACAAACACAUAUAUGUAUUAUAUUUCUACGUUUCCCUCCCCCGGCGACGAAUGCGUUUCUCUUUCGUUUCAAUUUCGCGUGCAAAAAGCGCAAAAGGCGGAGACGAACGGGGAAGGUCCGGCAGGGCCCCUCGGGGGAUGUUCUCCGUUCGCCCCCGUCCCCCUCCCACAUCUUCGGUGGUUCAACGGAGAUUUAAUUACAGCGCGCGGUCGGGCGAGACUCUUCUGUUUUGUUUAUCUACUGGGGCACGAUUGAAGUGGGCUCCGUGAUUAAAUUUUCAAUUUAAGUCCGGUGUCGCCGCCGGCGCCGGCCGACAAACCGCCCUCUUCGUUUAUCCCCGUAUUCGUUCGUGACGUCGAGUGCAGACGAUUUUUGAUGGAUGUGAAAACCGCAGCGGCACGCGAGGGAGGUCCUUCGUACUCUUGUCCCUUGAAAAAAAAAAUAAAAAUAAAAUAAUGCGCGUGACUCGUAUCGAUCCCCCGGUACACUCGUCCGUCGCUCGAGAAUUCCUCCGGACGCGCCAAAAUAUUGUUGUCAACAAAAAAAAAAAUCACGGCACGUUCGAGGGAGUUUCUUUCUCCCGAUAAAACGGUACGAAUCGAGGUCGCCACGGAGAAGGGUAUCCGCUCAUCGAUUUUAUUCGGCGGUAUGCGAAUAAUUAAGGGGAGGAGUACGCGCGUAAAAAUUGCUUCUAUCACCUUGCCUUUAAACGACGAUUAAAUUUCCUCCCGAUUUGCUCGCCGGAUCUCUUCAUCGAUUCUCGCUGUUGUUCCGUCCUUUUUUCUCCCGCGGUUUUUUUUUCCCCCUCCGGGGUUUUCAUUCUCGAUUAAGCGACGACCGAUGCACAAUGGAUUGCGGAUUUAUUUGCGGAAUUCGUCAUGCAGACACGCGCGUUUAUUAUUGAUCUACAAACAAUGGGACUCGCCGGGUUCUUUUAUUCGCGUAUCAACCAAGCAAUUAAUCGAGAACGCGGCGCGUUCUACUCGUUAAUGAUCCAUCGAUAUUCCGUCGUUCUUCUCUCUUUUCUCAUUGGAAUAAUUGCUUCCUCGACGAAUAACGCUUUCUCGAGCGGUGUUAUUAAUCAGCCAGCGAGUAUUAAUUGGCGUCACAAAGUGCCUCUCGUGAAUUUUUUCUCUCUCUCUCUUUCUCUCACGUGCGAAUUACGUGUGGCCGUUUGACGAGAACGUAAAAUCAAUUUCCCGUCCGAUGGAGCGAAUAAUCGAGCAACAUCGUCCCGCGAAAUACCUCCUACCUAUGUAAACGCCGCCGCAUUCCGCGCGUUCACUUUGUGAUUAUAAUACUUCGUAGCGCCUUAUUAUUUCGGUGACGUCAGCCGCCUGAUCUGCGUUUUAUGCAAAUCCCGCUCAGAUCUUUGUUCCCGUUCGGUGAAUUGUGUACGCUAUUGUAAUAAGCUUAUUAUUUAUUUAAUAACGGCAAAUGAUUCUCGUAAAUACAAAAGUUUUAAGUCGCGGCGAUUGUUUUAGUUUUAUACACAAUUAUCAGAGAUUAACAAUUUUUAAUUUACGUACACAUAUGUGUUAAUUUAUAAUCUAUAAAAUUUUAGGAUGCACAUAAAAAUACACUUUUGUUCGAAAGAUUAAAAAUCUGCUUAGACCUGCUUAGACAAUUUUUUAAAGACAAAUUUUUUAAUCUUUUUCGCAAAAUUUCAAGAAUUUUGUUGCCUUAUGUGUUGAAUUUUUCGUGACAUCAAUAAGAAUUACGUGCCACGUGAGACCUCAUUCCCCGUUAUUCACCGCUUAUUACUCACGCCCGAGUCAAUCAUUCUGUAUCGCAUGAAAAAAAUCUCCUUCUCGCGUACUAAUCCGAGAAAGGUGCACGGAGCUAAUCCGUUCAUUCGCAUUCCAGCGGCGCGGCGUCGGGAGAAGCGCGAAAAUUACGAGAGCUCCUCACCAUAUGAAUUAACGACGAAAGGACCGAUCGUUCCAACUUAUUGGUAAACUUAUCCAUCAGGUAAACGUGUGUCUAUCCUUGUCUUCCAUUCUAAAUAAAUAAUGAUAACGGAUACCUGUCGGGUAAAAUUUCCCAAUAAAUGGAACACUCGGCUCUCAGUCGCGUCCGAAAGUAAAUAGGUCUCCGAAGAGAUAACUUGUGCAGAUAUGCGUGAUAUCGUCCGUCGACUUUGACAGCGCCGCGACACGCCGCGAGUCACGUGCGCCCGUCCCCGCCACGACGACUCGGCUCGCUCGCCAUUGGUGACUCCCCACGGUUUCUCACCUCCCCCCGCCGAUCAGGAUCGUGGCCAGGACGGGUGUAGCUUGGUCCCCGCCCGAGAACGGGGCGUGAAGUAGUUCGCUCUUGUUAAACUCCGGAAAAAAAGAAUUAUGCACGUAGGAAACUGUAUACUCUCUAAAUUUCCUAGAGUGAAACAUUACUUUGAAAGAGUGAAAAUCGAACAUAUCUAAGUUCGAGUGAUUCGUCAUUCUAAUUAGAAAACUCAUAUGAAUGUCGGCAACUUAAUGAUUAGCUGUCGAACGGAAUUCCCAAGUUUCGUCAAUUUGACGGCCAAUUUCAUCUAUAGGCUUUUCUCCCAAAAAAUAUCCCCCAUCGCAACCACCGUCGAGGACGUCGAAGGCCCGAGGGAUGAUCGUUUCGUCCCUGCGGCGACGCCGCGUUAUGGCGCCGCCGCAUCGCGACGCACCGGCGGAACCACCCGGAACCCGCGGCUUUCCGUCCGUCCGUCCGUCCGUCCAUCCCCGACGAUGACGCGUCUCGUUGCUACGUUCCAGCGCUUCCUCGUUUUCGCGUGAGCUAGCGGGAAUCCGCGCUCGCGAUCCCGCUCGUCGCAUUCUCGCGUACGUACUCGCGCGAGGAAGUGCGUGAGAGCCGGUGGCGGAGAGUGCAUAUCGCCGGCGGCAGCGGGGAGUCGCCGUCGUCAGCGGCGACGGGUUCUAUCGAUCUCGCACGCGGGCGUGUGCGUGUGCGACGCGUUCCGCGCGCGGAUCCGCUCGCUCGCGCGCGCACGAGACGCCGGUGUGUCGGACGGAGUGUCGUACACACAUCACUGACAUACGUGCGACCGCGUCCUUAAUUCGCCUGUCAACGUGCGUUACACGUAUCGUGAGCGAUAAUCUAACCACGUGCGAGAGAGAGGCCGUCGUCGUCAUCGUCGCGUCGACGUUGCCCCGAGGGAUCGUUUCCUCCGCAACGACGAAAAUAGAUCCGACGCGGAGAAUCGUCGUCGUCGUCGUCGUCGUCGUGGGGUUGUGGUGAGUGAGUCGCGAUCGCGGUCGGAUUUAACGGGAGCGCGAUGUACAUAUAGGAUAUCUGGCAGCGCGCGGGAAUACGUGGGAAAGUGUUGCCGGGAUCCGGAAUUUAUGAGGCUUGAUGGUAAAUUGGAGGCGAGAUUGUAAUCGACGGAAAACACGCGCGCGCGAAAGGAUUUCCCACACGUCGUGCUUCAAUUACCGACGCGAGCUUCCUUUAUGCAACGUACAUCACCUGGAAGUGUUGUAAUAGUGUAUAGUACAACUGUGAUAUUCCGAGAUUAGAACGAUUGUUUAGAUUUCUGAUUUCAUUUUACGUUUAUCUGUAAUGGAUGCAAACAAUUUAUGCGAAAGUUGUGUAAAGCGACUCCGAAUCUUUAUCUCUAUUGUUACGUGCACGGGAUCAAAAAUAAAAAUAAAUUAAUUAACGUUAUCCAUUAACGUUAUUCAUCCGAAGAUAUUAUUAACUUCUAUUCAAAGCUUCUUGAAAGCUAUUCAAGUCUCGAGGCAAUAAUUUUAAUCGCGGAGUAUGUUUCCAUUCUUAUCAAAAUUCUCUUUUAAAAUCCGCACGACAUUGUAAUCGUACCGAUAAUAGUAGUAAUUUUGAAACAAGCUGUAACAUCGAUGGUAAACUCGUCUCAUCACGGUAUCGACCACUGAACAUCGUCUAGUGAUUGAUAACAUAACACGCUUUAUCAACAAGCCGGGUGUAUAGAGAACGUCAUGUCCCAGAGACACGAGGAGAUAGAGGGGGAGAGAAAGAGAGGUGGGGUGCGACGUGAGCGAAUCUAGAUGGAUGGAUGGUCGCUAGAUUUGGGUGAUUGCUGCAAUUAUUCGCCAGAGUAAUAAUCCUCGUGGAACGAACCGGCUGGCAAAUCUCUCGAGCGCGAUAAAAGUUAACCGCGGCGAAAUCUCGUGAGUGUGAUAAUAAGUGGAAAUAGCGCGCGAUAAAAGGAGGGGCGGAAAUGUCUCUCCCGCCCUGUGUAUAAUAUUUUACGUUUUAGAACUAGUGUUCCGCCGUCAACGCGCUAUCGCACUCUAAUAUUUCUCAAUUCUCAACUCUGCUGAUGUUUCUUCAGAAACAGUCGUCGUAAAUCUUCGCGGAUUAAGCCGCUCGAGAAUUAUUGCUCCAAUUCGGGAUGUUGCAUGAAGAUGUAGAGAGUAUGACAGGCGAGAUAGAAAAUGGAGACUUGGCAGUUCGAGACGUUGCAGACCUUCUCCAAGCACAGUAUGCUAUUGUUACUGGAGGAAAAACACGAGAAGGAUGUCCCAUAAUCACAUUUCCAGACAAUGGCAAUUUUCAUAACUUAACUGAUUCGGACUAUCAGCGUCUCAUGCUAUAUCUUACCUCUGUGCCAACGUUGCAAGAAGCAGAUCUCGGGUUUCAUUUAAUAAUCGAUCGGAGAAACGAUAAGUGGAAUUCAGUGAAGACAGUGCUUCUAAAAAUUUCUGCAUUUUUUCCUGGUUUGGUACACGUCGCUUACGUUCUACGACCCGUCGGAUUUUUACAAAAGGCCAUUUCGGAAGUGUCGAACAAAUUAUUCCGAGAGGAUUUCAAGUUCAGAGUUAUAUUCUUAGCUAACGUCGCCGAGCUGCACGAAUUCAUAGAGACGGAACAGCUCACUGAAGCACUUGGUGGUGAUUUGCCGUAUUGCCAUCACACUUGGAUACAGAACAGAAUUAGUUUGGAAAAAUUUUCAUCGAUGACGCAGGAUGUGUCCCUUGCGUUAGAUUCUUUCACGCGACGUUUGGCCGAAGUGGAAUUUCCUAAUAAUACUAUCGCUACAACAACAUUGUUGUCGCAGCAACAAGCUGAGUAUAACGAGUUGAAAGAGGAAAUACUCAGCGCUGCCAGGCACGGAGAAGCUCUUUUAGACAGUGUACGGCAGCUAACUGGAAAAGGAACGGCCGACAGAUUAGGAAAUGUUGCUGCAGUAGAGAGAUUACUCGUUCAGUUGGAGGAAACUGAGCGAACUUUCGACCUGUUUUGGUCGCAUCACAGCUCACGUUUGAGACAUUGUCUAGCCUUGCGGCAAUUCGAGCAAGAUUUUCGGGAGUUGCAAGCAACGUUAGAUCAACAUCUAAAAACGGCGGAAGAAAUGACAGAGGUCGGCGAAACUCAAGCAAGAGUGGAGCAAUUGUUGCACGAUACGUCUGCAUUUCAGCGAAUAUGCAGAGGAGACAUAGAUCACGCGGAGGAGGUGAUAUCUGCUGGUCAACAGUUAUUGUCCGGCAGGCAUCAGUGCCCAGCGGACGUUGUGGAACCGAAAUGCGUGGAGUUGCAGAGAGUCUGUACCAUUCUGAGUCAAAGGCUGGAAAGACGAUUGCACAUGCUGACCAAGUGUAGGGAACUUAUGGAGCGUAUAGAUAAAGCUAACACUUGGUGCACGCGAGGGAUAGAAUUGUUAGCGUCGCAGAACAGCACCACACCGCCGGAUCAGGCACUUCAAGAAUUGCAGCAGUUGAUCGAAGCCGCGGAGGAGUUUCAUCAUCCCCGAUGUAUAUUCCAGGAUUCUGUAAUGCCGGAAACUAAAGCACUCAUCACACAGGUUUUACAAAGGAUAGAAGAUGUAUCGUUAAUGUGCGACAAAAGAAUAAUGGCACUAAAACAGCAGCUGAUCAAACCAGCCAGGCCAGUACAAACUGUUACUCCAGAACCAGUCAAACCCUUACAAUCACUGCCUCAAACCGUAAAGUCCGGCAGAAUCCUCAAGAAAGCUAAUACUAUGCCAAAGAUGGAGAUGGGUCCUAUAGAGGGGGAGUCUUCAUCGCCUGAAAGUGAACCUCGGGACGUCGAAGCUUUGCGUUUGAAACGCGGCCACGUCCUGGCAGAGCUCGUGGAAACUGAACGAAUCUACGUCGCCGAACUCGGCUCGAUUGUUAAAGGCUACAAGAUGGAAAUGACGAAUGAAGCGAUGGCUCAUUUGAUACCCGCGGCACUAGUUGGCAAAGCGGACGUGUUGUUUGGAAAUUUAGAGGAUAUUUAUAUUUUUCAUAGGGAGACGUUUCUAAGGGACUUGGAGAAUUGCAUUUCGAAUACUGAGCUUGUCGCUUUGUGUUUUGUUCAAAGGCGUGAGAUGUUCUUUAGAUUGUACAGUUAUUAUUGUCAAAACAUUCCGCGAUCUGAGAGAUUGCGCGAACAGAUACAGAGCGAGCCGCAGUUUCUCGCAGCCUGUCAGCAGAAACUUGGCCACAAGUUGCCGCUCGCUGCCUACCUUCUCAAGCCCGUUCAGCGAAUUACCAAGUACCAGUUAUUGUUGAAGGAUUUGUUAAAAUAUAGCGAUGAACCCUCGUGCUGCACCGAGUUGCAGGAGGCACUGGAUUGCAUGCUAGUUGUAUUGAAGUGCGUUAAUGACAGUAUGCAUCAAACUGCGAUAACGGGUUUUGGAGGCGAUCUGAGUGCACAGGGUGAAUUAUUGUUACAAGGCUCGUUUAGUGUUUGGAGCAGCAGUAAACGGGAGCGAUUGUUACGAUUGAAACCAUCUCAACGACAUAUUUUCUUAUACGAGAAGGCACUGAUAUUUUGUAAGCACAGCAAGCCUCAAGCCCACGACAAGGCUACGUAUCAUUUUAAAAGAUAUUUAAAGAUGUCACAAGUUGGUUUGACGGAGUCGGUGAAAGGCGACGCUAGACGAUUCGAGAUAUGGUUGCAGGGUAGGGCAGAGGUGCAUACGAUACAAGCGCCAAACAUCGAAGUGAAACAGUCCUGGGUGCGUCAGAUUAAAGGUGUUUUAAUGUCCCAGCUAGCUGAACUUAAAGGCAAACAGAAUUCGGCUCUUGGAAAAUCUAAUCAUAAGCCAUUGCGGCAAACUAUCUCAUGGGAAGCUCAAGGUAGUUUAUCGGGAUCUCUACGAACACUAUCCGUCGAUAGCAACAGUGUCAUUUCUCACAUGACCGACGUGUCGCAGUCCACGGAAGAAGAUGUGGCGUGGAGUUCGGAAAAUAGCAAUACGGACGAAGAAGAUGCCUUUGGCGACAGUUCGGGACCGGCACCCGGUGGAAGGUACGUGGCGUUAGCUGAUUAUUGCGCGGUAGGACAGUCAGAAGUCACGAUGCGCGAAGGUGAUACCUUGGAGCUUCUCAAAGUCGGUUGCGCUGGCUGGUGGUUCGUCAAACUGAUCGGCAGUGGCGUGGAGGGCUGGGCGCCCGCGGCAUAUCUAGAACCGAUCAGUCGAAAAACGUCACGUAGUUCGCAAUCGGUGAACAGUCAAGAGACCAUAUGAAACAGGCGACUAACACACUAGAAGGCCCACUAGUGUGUUAGAUCUUUGCUUCUCGUCUCUGGAGAGUGCUGCAGUCGAGGGACAUUCACCGUUUGGGAACGGUAUCAAGAAUUUUUUCUAAGUGAUGGACGGUUUUUGGAAAUCUUUUACAGUAUUUAAACGAGAUGAUGAGUUGCAUCAUUUUGUGUACCUUUCUUAUGCAAUUACCGACAUAUACGAGCCUUGUUGGGUGACGCUUUUGCAUUUGUGAUACGAAGAACGUUAAGUUGGACAGAAUCUUUACGUUCACGAAAAUUUUAUACUAUGCGCAAUACGAGAUAAGACGGAGCAAGAAGCUUCACGUUUCAUAACAAUUGCAGUACGAACUUGUUCUCAAGCAUGAUGUUUACUGAAUUGUACAAAAUGUAGCGGUGACUUAAGCCGGGAUAUGUAUGUACGUGCACGCGCACAAUGAAUUACGAGACUACUCUCGUAUCGAUCAUUAUAAUUUCUGAAUAACAAUGCACACACUAUAGUCAACAUGGAGAAGGCGAUUCUGAUGUUAAAUCGCACGCGUUAAAUCGAUCUCGCGUUCGAUUACUUAUAAUUCGUUAUAAGAAGAAUCUGCAUUAAGAAGUAUGUAAGCGUAAUUCUGUAAAUGGUAGUUUUCACUUGCGACCCGAGUAAUCAAAUACACGGCUGUACGCACUUAUUCCAAAGUUUAAUAUUAUUAUAAAAAAAAGACGCGCGUGAUAUUUUCGUCCAUAGCAUUCUGUCGACGAUACGCGUGAACUAUCUUUGCCAGCUGAGGCAUGAGCCCGAUAAAUGAUCUUAUCCUUACUCGGUAUAUGCAGCGUCACGAGUAAUUGAAUCGCGUUGAUCACGUCAGCCACAUUACGUCGAUCGCGUCAGUUGUGUAUCAUUAUAUGUUGGCUUUAGAGUUCUUAGAUAGAGCCUUAGCAUCGUUCACAACCGAAUAGUACAAUUUAGCGCAGUUUUUGCGAGCUUUUGAGAGUAUUUCGUUUACCGAGGUUGCUUCCGGGAGUUGAAAUAUAAAAUAUUCGCAACGAUAGAUCCUCGAAGGGACCCUCGAAGAGAGAAAAAAAGUGUGAUAAAAGAAACGUUAGAUUGAUGCUUCUGCAAACUAAUCUCUGUAUAAACAGUGCAGAGAAAGAGAUGUUUAAUAUUACGCCAUUCUUAGGAUGUUAGAUAUGUUGUUGACAAGUCGUUUGCGACCAAAUAGGCUUUUGAAAUGUUACUACGAUUAUGUGUGAACCAUUUGUGUCGAGGAAGUAAUACGCGGUGGUGGGACGGAGAAGAUUCAAAGAAUCAUAUACAAUGUGUACACACAAAUUUUUUAGGAGGCUAAACGGUUAACACCAAGUUACACGCAAUAUCUGAUACCGAUAAAAAAAAAUCUUAACGCAUAACAAUACCUUAGGACUAUACAAUAAGCAAUCUAUAAGUUCUAGCGGAUUUCAUAACCCACCAAUUUCAUAAGUCUCUAUUACGAUACGGCAAUGUAUAAUAGUAUCAUUUGUACUGAAACAUUUGUACGGAUAUGGAUAACAUAAUUUAAGGGGAAUCAUCCCAAUUGCUAUGAUUUUUCUCUCCGAUAUCGCAUUAAUUGUGUCCACUCCUAUGAUAUGCAAAAGGACACGAUUUUUGUCGCAACUUUACUAAAAAAAAGUGCUUAAUUUUAGGAUAUUAAAAUGUUAUAUUUAUAAAACAUUUUAAUACCUUAGAAUCAGACAUUUUCUCUUUGAGUGUUUUAUUCAUAUAGCCUACAUGAGUCUCUGCUUUUAGCAUUUAUAAUCUGAGUAUUAUUAUUUGUACAGAGUUAUUGAUAUUUAUUAGAUAUUUAUUAGCUAUAUUUAUUGAGUAGAAUAUUAUUUAUAUCGCGGUAAGUUACGGCGGAUUAGCGAUUUUUACAACGGCUCAAGUUGCUUUAGACUGAUUUACAAUCGAUAUACUGUAAAUGCGCGAUAUGCCGGGAGCUAUUUGUAUAAUUUAUGCAACUUUACGAUUGUGUAAAGCUUUUAGAUCAAGCGUAUGCGAAUUCGUUUCUUGCCGGGACUGCACUGUGUUUAUAAAACACCUCGCAUCUCCGAUCAUACAAGCACAAAAGUAUUUCUUCUGCAUCACAUCUCUGUUACUUUCCACGUCGCACCUAGAAUUGUAGUACAUCUACGUGUAUUCAUCUAUUUGUACGCCGUCCUUUAUAUAUUGACCAUAAAAUUCCAAUCAAACGAGCAAUGUUAGUUUAAACGAUAUGCGUUUCACUCUCGAUGCGUCUGCUUUGCGUUGCGAUAUCGAAGAUAUUCGUCACGAAACGUGCGAUUUCAUUUUGCGGGAGCGAUUCUAUGGAAAGAGAGGAGAGGACACUGGUGGUAUACAGUUCGAGAAAAAAAAAAUACUGUUAAAACGCAGCUCGACAUAUCUAUCGUCUGCGAAUGUGCUUCCGCAAAUUGUCACACCUUCGUGGUCGGAAGUCGUUCGCGCAAGCCCUCGCGAGCGGCGAUUCCUCAUUUGUGUAAAAUCGCGAUUAAAAAGCGACCAAGCCAAGAGUGAUAUCUGAGCAUGCGAGAUGCGUUUUUUUGUAGAAUCUAUAAAUAUACCCAUAUAUGUAUACACGCAUACACGUACACAUUUACAUAGACAAUAAUAAUUAUAUAUCCGCUGUUGGAGAAUACACAACGGUGCGGCGUUCGUUCGCAUAAACGACAAUUCAUGAUGAAACAUGACCGAAGCAGCGAUACUUCCCACUUCGGCGACUAGAGCCUCGGGCCAAAUAGAAACAGGUUUCCACGAGUGAAAAUCUCUCAUCACGAUGUUAAUAGAGAUCGCGUAAACGCAAUCGUGUAAUUUUUCAGAGAAGCAGAAAAGAAGAAGGAGAAAACGAAACGCGGGGUAGUUCGAUCGCGAUUUCUUCAACCGCGGACGGUUUCUCUCGUCGUUCCUCAUCAGCGCAAGAGGGUAAUAGUAAAGUCUAUUUUUGCAUAUAACGCGUAACAAAGAGGCUGCCGAAAUCUCUUCUAUUUGCUUUACGUACGCGUUUGCGCGAUCAUUUCUCACCGACUGUAAUUAUUAACGACCGUUUCCUCUUCUUUCGAUCACUUCUUCGGGAAAUGCGACCGUCUCUGAGCUUAUUGUUUUCUCUCUUUUUUUUUCUUUACGAUUGUGAAUCGUAGAUUGCUUUAGUCCUUGCGAGAGAGAAAUUUCUCGACUCUCAGAAGCGAUAUUUUUAUACAGGAUGCAUAAAAAAGAAUCGCUCGAGCUUACAUUGAUCAACAUUCGGAAUAUCUAUUUAUAUCGAGUUCUACGUUACGUAACGAACGCGCAAGUGAAUUCGUUCGGUUGGUUGUUACGAGGUAGACAGGACAGGCGUAAAUGCGAGAAAUAAUCACUUUUAAUUGUCAUCCGUCUUUGGAGGAGGGAACGGUAUACCGCAAUUUCCAUGCAUUUAGCUAUUUCCAUACAUUCGAGCGUGUCACAGGGAGUUUUGUUUCAACUCAUCCGAGAAAACCUUGUGUACAAUCAGUUGUCAAAACAUUGUAUGAAUAUUUGCAAUAUUUAAACGGGAACAUUAAACGCAAGAAUUUGAAAUGAAA